AUGUCGAUGCCGAUGGCAUUAGAUGGAAAAAAUAAUAAUUAUAUAGGAAAUUGUGAUGAUGGUAAUCUUAAAAAUAAUGAUUUAGCAUUAGAUAUUGGAAAAGAUAAUUCUAAUAUUGAUAAUACUUUAGCAUUAGAUGGGAUGAUAACGUUGAUAAUAUUAGCAUUAGAUGGGAGGGAUGAAGAUAAUAAUAAUAUUAGUGAAGAGGAUGAUAUUGAUGAUAAUAUUAAUAAUACUUUAGAUGGGAAUAGUGAUUAUAAUGAUGAAUUUUUUAAUGAUGUUUUCCCAUCAGAUGGGGAUGCGAAUGUAGGUUAUGACAUUUAUUAUGAUCAUUUAACAUUAGACGAGAAUGAAGUUACUAUGGCAUUAGAAAAUUUGAUAUUAGAUCUAGGGAGUUUACUAUCAGAUAGAGAUACUUCAACAUUGGAAAGGAAUACUUAG